UGGGUAAAGUUGAGGUUAAUGGUAAUUGCAGAAGAAUUUUUUUUUUAAUUUUGGCUAGCACCUUUUGGAAGACCUAUUUUGAAAACACUACAAUUGAUUGUUUGAGAAAAUUAUUGAGAAUAAAUUGAGAAUAAUAGGAAAAGAAUAAUGGGGGAAAAUAUUGAGAAUUUCCAGAAAGAAUAAUGGGAAAAUUUAUGAGCAUAAUAGGCUCAGGCCUAUUUGGAAUUCUCAUUUUAAUUUUUAUAAAUUAGAGUCUAAAAUUAAUGAUUAUUAAGUUUUAUUAACUUUUAAAAUAAUAACUUUUAUUAAUAACUUCCAUGUAAUAUUCUUUUUUUGCUUAUCUUUCUUCCUCGAAGCAGUGUUGUAUUUCAAAGAGAAAACAUCGGAGGUCUAGCAGAAGGACACAAACCGCCUAUAACAGCAGUUUUUGUACUGGAUUAUUGACAAUUGAGUUUUCUUAUCACAACAAAAUACCAGGUGGAAAGAGAGAACUAGUAUGGCUUAUUCAUCCAAUGGACGGACCAGCUCGGCUAGCAUAGGAAUGGUAGACAAGCUCGGAGCGCUCAGAUCUCACGGCAGACACUCCAUAGUAGACGACUCAGUAACAGCUGUAUCACCAUCAGUUGAAGACCCAUCACAGGGGAUUAAUGAAAUGCUAACAACAAUUGAUUCACUGUCUGAAAAUAUCACGAAAAUAGACAGUCUUAUCCGAAAGAUUGCAAACAACUAUAAGAUCCCACUACCCAAAGAAAAUGAUUUGAAAGAAAAUAAAAGAAUACAAGAAGAGAUAAAAGACUUGUCACACAGCAUCACAGAUGAACUUAAAAGGAUGAAAGUAAGUCUUGAUAAAGAAGGUACAGGACCAGAAAGGAACUCUGCAGAAUAUCGAAUAAGAAGAGCACAAUAUUCCAGUAUAUCUAGAAAGUUCCAGGAUGUGAUGAUUGACUAUAAUAAGGAGGAGGAAGCUUAUCGUGAGAGAAACAAACAAAUGAUACAAAGACAAGUCCAAAUAACUAGUGGCAAGCCAGUCAGUGAUGAGAAAUUGGAACAGAUGCUCGAGGAAGACAACACUCAAAUAUUUGCACAAAGUAUAAUAGGGGACAUUGAAGGAAAACGGAGAAUGCUCUCAGAAGUUGAGGUCCGUCACAUGGAGAUUAAGAGAUUGGAGGAAAAUAUAAGAGAGCUCCAUGACAUGUUUUACGAUUUAGGUCAACUUGUAUAUGAGCAGGGUGACAUGAUAAACAAUAUUGAGUACAAUAUAGAGCAUGCUGCUGCCUACGUGGAGAAGGGACAGCAGAACAUUAGAGCUGCCAGAGACUACAAGAGAAAGAACAACAGAGUGAAGUGUUACAUAUGUUGCAUAGUUACCACCAUAAUAGUUGUCAUAUUGAUUGCUAUACUGAUAGCAGUGGCUAUAGGAGCAUCGUAUCUUCAAGGAAGACUAUAAUGUACAUGUACAUGUAUGUGCUUGUUACUAACAUUAUUAUUAU